GCAAAGGUGGAAACUGGAAAGGAUUAUUUUCUUUUUUUCCUGCAAAUUCUGGUGAAAAAAUGUCAAUAAACAAAGUAAUUCGUGUAUCAAAACUACAUUAAAUUCAAUUUUUAAACAUAUAACCGCUGAAAAAAUAAAUUUACUCCGAAAAUUCCGACAGAUCUUAUCGCCAAACAGGAACAGCACUGCGAUAGCUAAUCAUCAAAACACAGCUCAGCUUGCUCGCAGGUACAGCCACGUACAGUUUAAUGUGUAACACUCGAUUCUCGAAUGAGUUGAUACUCGGUUGUUCCUCAUGAAAGUUCCGCGUAUAGUUUUCCAUUUUUUAGUAAUCCUUCAAUAAUAUUCAUGGACCGCCGAUUGAAGCUAUUCAUCUGCGCAGCUGCCAUCUUCAUCACCUACUUCUACUAUGGCAUAAUUCAGGAAAGAAUCACUCGAGGAAACUACGGAGACGAGAAAUUCACUUGCAUAUUAUCCUUGGUAUUUAUACAAUGCGUCGUAAACUAUUUUUACGCAAUAUUCACUUCGGUGACGGUGAUGAAAGAAGGCGAAGACACGACAAGAACGUCAUACUACCUCGCCGCUUCUCUAACUUAUUUAGUAGCUAUGUUGACCAGCAAUUUGGCUCUACGAUGGGUCAAUUAUCCAACCCAAGUUAUCGGUAAAUCGGGUAAACCGAUUCCAGUCAUGGUUCUCAGCGUUCUACUGGGUAACAAAUCGUACCCAUUCAAGAAAUACUGCUUCGUGUUACUCGUCGUCAUAGGCGUAGCUUUAUUCAUGUACAAAGAUGGCAAAACCUCAUCUGCCAGCAGUUCGAUAUUCGGCUACGGCGAGUUAAUGAUCCUCAUUUCAUUGGUAAUGGAUGGAUUAACGGCGGCCGUCCAAGAACGUAUGAGAAGUGAAUCGAAAACAAAAUCUGGACAUUUAAUGAUUAACAUGAACAAGUGGUCUAUUGUCUUCCUUGGCAUCGGUGUGCUCGUCACCGGCGAAUUCAUCACUUUCAUCGAUUUCGUUAAACGACACCCUGCUGUAUUAUGGGAACUGGUAUCUUUUUCAGCAGCCAGUGCUUUUGGACAGUUCUUCAUUUUCCUUACAGUUACCGAUUUUGGACCUUUGCCUUGCUCUAUCAUUACCACGACUCGAAAAUUCUUCACUGUCUUAGGAUCUGUUAUUAUUUUCGGUAAUGUUAUGCUGACACGACAAUGGAUCGCUACUAUCUUCGUAUUCUCUGGAUUAUUAUUAGAUAGUUUUUUCGGUAAAGCACGCAAGCCAGUCGAAAAAACAUGAAACUUGUGAUAGCUCCGAGGUAUGAAUUACUCCCAUCCCAUCGAUACCAGCACUUAUCGACGAAAUUAGUAACUACUGAUAACCUUCCGAAAAAUUCUUGCAUUUAUCUUAUAAUUGUGACCUAAACUGAAUCGAUGUUAAGCACAAAAUAAUGUGAUCUUAAUAUUAAGUUGAUUUUCUUUGUCUACCUAUAUAUUCAUCAUUGUAUCAAUGAUUACGUUAAGUUUAUACUUUUUAUUUUCUGUAUGAAAUGAAUAAAAAUUCUUGAAAUUUA